AUUGAGCUUCAUUACGAUGUGAUAUUGUGCAUGGUUCCGCAAAUCGAAAUCCCCGAAAUGAGCCGAAGAAAUAUUCGUUCGAGAAGUGGCAUAGUUGCGAAAGAUGAGCUGAGCAAAAUCGACGUUGACGAAACCGUGAAGCCGUUGAAAGAUAGAAACAGAACGGCAAGAUCUCGUGCUCGUGUGAAUGAAUUGAGAGCUUUCGCGGAAGCUUCAACCCCGCGGGGUAAGAACUCUCAUUCAACAUCUGUGAGUGACGAUGUCGAAAGUUGUUUCGGAUUCGAGGACAGUGAUGAUUCCUUCAUCAUCUCGCCGAUUAAAAAAGAUUUUGUUGUUUGCGAAAAUGACCCGAAGCCCUCACGAUUUUCCUCGGGGAAAGUAUUUGCUAAACCGUUGAAAGCUAAGCAGCCGAAUUACAGCUAUGCUGGAGAAGAAAAGAGUGUCUCAGCUGCGGAGAUCAAGAGCGUUACUCUUCCAGUUCCAGUUACGAAGUUUUAUCAACGUCGCACUCCGAGCAGCAAACCCAGCUUUAAUUUGCUGCCCUCUCCCACAAAGCCGAAGACGAAAUCUAAGGCACGGAAGAUGGAAAAUGUUCCAGAACAAUUGGUCAAGUCGUGGGCAGAUUCAAACAGCAUAAUGAUGAGCAGAAGUAAGUUGUGGUCGUGUGUGUUUCGUGCAGUGAAUCCGUCUUUAUCUAGUCGAUCAUUGACUGUCGGUCAAAUCAGAGUACAUCGUCUAGUGGAAGGUCCAUUGGAGGAUGUUGUAAACGCGGAUAGAUGCGGCUCUCGGUUUUAUUCGGCAUCGUCUUCAACGGAACCCAGCAAAGAUUCUACGCAACCACCUGCUGCGGAUACUUCUGAAAAAGAAAUCGAAGCAUUGAAAGCAGCAGUUGCCGAAUGGCAAGAUAAAUCAUCUGACUAUUUGUUGUUUUACUUCGCAUGUUUUUCACAGGAUAAAUACAAACGAGCUUUGGCAGAAUCCGAGAAUAUACGUGCGAGGAUGCUUCGCCAAAUAGACGACGCAAAGCUUUUUGGCAUACAGGGGUUUUGUAAAGAUCUUCUGGAGGUGGCGGAUAUCCUUGGGAAAGCUACUGGAAGCGUACCUGAAGAAUCUUUGAGUAAGGGCGACGUGCACCUGAAAUCACUCCAUCAAGGCUUGGUCAUGACCGAAGCGCAGUUACAAAAAGUAUUCCAACGGCACGGGCUUACCAAAGUGGAUCCCGUCGGGGAAAAAUUCAAUCCGAACGAGCACGAAGCUCUGUUUGAACAAGUUGUUGAUGGAAAAGACCCUGGUAUCGUUGCAGUUGUGACGAAAAUCGGAUACAAGCUGCAUCAACGAACGCUUCGUCCAGCGUUGGUGGGGGUGACUAAAGCGUCGUGAAAUGGGAUGUUGUAGUGAUCGGAUUUUUUGUGUUUGUUUCUUUUCUGAUGUUCGAAGCGUCUCGUUCUGAGGUUUUCUUAUAAAAAUGCGGGACUGCUUCUUGGACCAAAAUAAGUCUCCGUGUUCAACGCUCCUCGGGAUGUUUUCUUCUGGAGCUUGAUUUGCCUGAAGCAUCGUGAUUGAACAUCUCUAAAUAUCUCUGCGUCACAGAAGGAAAGAUUCUGCGAGAAUGAGAAUGAUGUACACCGAGGGACGAUUAACUUGAUGGAAAGUCAUUCCGUUGUUAGAUGCAAGCGAGCGUCGGGCGCGGGACAGUGUUACCGUUGAUCCACAACGGAGACGUGCGGCAUGAUGUGAGUGUGAUUUCGAAGACGCCACCGCGCGUCGGGCUUCCGUCGCCGUUCACGACUGUCGAACCGCAACCCGAAAGACGGGGUUGUGGAAGGGCCUUGCUCCUGCGGGCCCGAAUAGCGGAACUCGUUGCUGAAGCUGCUCGAGCAAAUACGACAUCCGGUGUACCCGAAAGAAUGGAUGGUGCAAAUUAAUCAUUGUCAUGUCAAGAAACCUUUGAGGAUUAUUGGGAGAGAAUCGUCGAGGAGAACACGUCGUCCUUUCAUGAAUUGGUGAUGAUCGUUUGCGAAGAAGAGAAACCUCCGCAGUUCUCGCAACAUUUGAGGAGGAAAAGUUAUUUUUUGCGUGUUUUUUGUAACGUAUGUGCUCUUUUUGGUGUUAUCCCGUUACUUCCGUGGUUAUCUCUGAAUUUUACUGAUGGAAAUGCGAUAUUUAACGCUUGAAAUACGGAGCUUUUGCUUGGAAACAAUAUUUUUUCACUUGUGGAUCAUAUGGAACUGAUUUGAAUACAACGCUCGGUAGCGAAUGA